AUGUUUGACAGGAACAAUGUACAACCCUCACGAUCUACUUUGGCAGGUGGUAUCGAGAUCCUGGAAGAAAAUGCAGAUCAAGAAGUUGAAAAUGUACUAUACCGUGGAACACAAAAGGGUAUGAAAAGGCUAGAAAAAAGACAGAGAAGAGUAGCAUUGGGUGAUGUAACUUCUCAAAAGGCAAAUAAAAUACACAAUGCCAUUCAUAAUAAAUUUCAUCUGACGAGAAAUUACUUUGAUAAAGAGAAUAUACACUCACCAGCUAUACAAAAAGAACAGAAAAAUACAGGGGAUGACGAAAGGAACUGUCUAUUGGUUGAUAGUUCUGAUGAUUCUUUUACUGAUGAAGAACAGGGUGAUGAAUACGAUAUUGACGAUUUGCUAAGUAGGAGAAUAAAAGACCAGCAGCUUCAAACCAGUGAGGUCUAUGAAGAUUCCGAUGGAGAAAUGCAAGAGGCCAGUGAGGAGGAUGUUGAAAAUGCAGUUGAACCGUUAUCUCCUAUAAACAACGAUGAAAUUCAGAAUGAAUUGGACAAGGCAUUUGAAAAAUACUUUCAGUCGGUUCCAAAUCCACUAGAUGAUGACACUAAUGACGUGGUUAUGGUUGUGGAGUAUGCCUCGGAUAUAUUUUAUUACUUGAGGGAGCUUGAAGUAAAAUAUAGGCCGAAUCCGUAUUAUAUGCAAAAUCAAAUAGAACUGACAUGGCCAUUCAGGCGAACAAUGAUAGACUGGUUAGUUCAGCUGCACUUUAGGUUCCAGCUUCUGCCAGAAACAUUGUACCUGACGAUCAAUAUAGUAGAUAGGUUUCUAUCGAAGAAAACCGUCACUUUGAACAGGUUUCAACUGGUUGGCGUGUCUGCUUUAUUUAUUGCCGCCAAGUUCGAAGAAAUUAACUGUCCCACGUUGGAUGAUCUAGUUUACAUGCUGGAAAACACAUAUAGCAGAGAUGAUAUCAUUAAAGCAGAACAAUAUAUGAUAGACACUCUAGAAUUUGAGAUUGGUUGGCCAGGACCCAUGCCUUUUUUAAGAAGAAUAAGCAAGGCUGAUGAUUAUGAUUUUGAACCAAGAACAUUAGCAAAGUAUUUAUUGGAAACUACAAUAGUAGAACCAAGAUUAGUGGCUGCUGCUCCAAGCUGGUUGGCUGCUGGUGCGUAUUUCCUGAGCAAAAUAAUUCUUGGUUCGAAUGAUUGGUCUUUAAAGCAUGUAUUCUACUCAGGAUAUACAUCUAGUCAAAUAGUUCCUUUAGCGUCACUGAUAUUAGAAAACUGUAAAAAUGCAUCCCGACGUCAUCAUUCGGUUUGGAAAAAGUACUUUGAUCAAAAGCAUUAUCGCUGUUCUCAGAUUGUAGAAGAAUGGAUUCUUUCGACAGAAACUUAA